UAGCUACGGUCGAUAUAUUCCGAUUUUGCCGCUGACACCAGGAGCGUAGCCGGAUCGUCCCGCUGUGCCCGUGUCAUUUUCCUCGACAGUGAAUGUGGUACAGUCGCAACGUGUACACCGGAGCUGGUAGACACGCCUCGCGCAACGCACGGAGAGCAACGGGCUAGCUUAGCGGAGCUGUUAGCAUGGCAAAGUAACCCUAACGUCAACUUAGCAACAAAGCAGAGAAGCUAGCUAACUUCUGUUUGCAGGCAGACACGUCAGGCCAAACCAUUGAUUUCGGAAGAAAAUGACCGGCAGAUUAAUUGAGACAGAUCCAGGGAGAGGGGCCUGUUUGAAUUCCUCUGCAGGUGCAAGACAAUGGAGGUGAAAAUCGAACAGCAGGACGAAGAUAUAACAUUCAGCAACAGUGAUACUAAUAGCAAACGCCCAGCUGAGGACAUGGAUGAGGAGCAGGCCUUCAAACGUUCACGCAACACGGACGAGAUGGUGGAGCUGCGUGUGCUGCUUCAGAGCAAAAAUGCUGGUGCUGUUAUUGGAAAGGGUGGAAAGAACAUAAAAGCACUACGCACAGAUUACAAUGCCAGUGUAUCAGUCCCAGACAGCAGUGGCCCAGAGCGGAUCCUGAGUGUGAAUGCCAGCAUCGACACUAUUGGAGAGAUACUGCUGAAAAUCAUACCAACUCUAGAGGAGUACCAGCAUUACAGCGGGAUUGAUUUUGACUGUGAGCUUCGCCUGCUGAUCCAUCAGAGCUUGGCAGGUGGCAUCAUCGGGGUGAAAGGUGCCAAGAUAAAAGAGCUGAGAGAGAACACCCAGACCACCAUCAAGUUGUUCCAGGAGUGCUGUCCACACUCUACUGAUAGAGUCGUUUUGGUGGGAGGAAAGCCAGAGCGUGUCAUUGAAUGUAUAAAAGUUAUCCUGGAGCUGGUGUCAGAGGCGCCAAUCAAAGGUCGUGCCCAGCCUUAUGACCCUAAUUUCUACGACGAGACAUACGACUAUGGAGGUUUCACCAUGUUAUUUGAGGAGAGAGGCAGGCGACCUAUUGGUGGCUUCCCUAUUCGUGUACGUGGGGGCUUUGAGCGCUUGCCCCCCGUUCGUGGAAGCAGACCCAUGCCUCCCUCCAGAAGGGACUAUGACGACAUGAGCCCCCGUCGGGGUCCUCCACCACCGCUGAGCAGAGGUGGACGCGGCGGCAGCCGAGCACGUAACCUGCCUCUUCCCCCACCCCCGCCACCAAGAGGAGGAGGAGACAGGUUCUCACAUGGCAGCUACCACGGCAGCAUGGACGACAGACCAAGUGACAGAAGAGGCCGAGGAGGAGACCGUUAUGACAGCAUGAGUGGAGGCGGUUAUGACAACAAUUCCUCCUGGGAGCACUUUCAGUCCGGUGGCAGAGGGUCAUACAGUGAUAUAGGAGGCCCAGUCAUCACAACACAAGUCACCAUCCCAAAAGAUCUGGCUGGUUCCAUUAUUGGGAAGGGCGGCCAGAGGAUCAAGCAGAUCCGCCAUGAGUCUGGGGCAUCCAUCAAGAUUGAUGAACCACUAGAGGGCUCUGAGGACCGCAUCAUCACCAUCACAGGAACACAGGACCAGAUCCAGAACGCCCAGUACCUGCUGCAGAACAGUGUGAGGCAGUACUCUGGUCGAUUCUUCUAGGAAGAAGGAAGUGAAGAAGAAGAGUGAAGCCAUGCUGCCAUACUGUUUGCUCCUUCUAUUCAGAGCCUACAUUCCUCUGCUUUGGGUAGAUGUGCGCCCUCCCCUCACUAUCACACAAUACAUCACCUGUCUAUACAUAGCAAAUUUUAUUUAGAGGAGUUUUGAAAAAUCUGAAGCUGUCAAACAGCAAGCAAUGAGUCAACAACAUAUUUCUGUGCUGGUGUAAUUAUUUUCUGGGAGAUUCUCGUGCCGUUAUUGGAGUAAACUCAUCUGUGUGAUAACUUUUUGUGUUGUGAGCCGCCCCUGGCCCUUAUCUCCCUCAUUUCAGUACAGCAUGCAGAAUGUAAUCUUUUUGUAAGGAACAUGAUGUGAUUUUUAGUUUUUUGUUUGUUUGUUUGUUUGUUUCCUCAAACGUUGAAGUACCCUCUCCAAAUGAAGAUGCAUGUCUUCAAGAAUGGUUAAAGAACCAUUUAAAUAAACUUAAAUUUUUACACAACAUCCAGCAUACUUUUCCACUUUAAAAUAAAGUGCUUUUUGUAAAAAUUGACUUUAAAGGAAUAAUUUGACAUUUUAGGAAAUAUGAUUAUUUGCUUUCCGUUUUAGAGUUUUAGAUGAGAAGAUUGAUGCCACUCCCUUGGGCCAGUUUCACAAAACGGAACUUUCACUAUGACUAAGAUCAAACUAACAGUCAGACCUAACAUAAACCUGAAGUUCAUCCACUGCAUAAAGCUGUGUAUUUCUUGAAUAUCUUAAGUAGGACUAAUUUCCUGUGAAUUGUAGCUAAAUUAAGAAUGCAACUGCACAAGGGGCCCCAAAAGCCCAUAUCAUUUGUUGCCUUUAUAAUGUGAUCAAUCACUAAUUUGUUAGAGAUUUGCACCACUCAAGUACAAUAUCAGCUAUGAUGAGUCCUCCAUCCUCUGUCUCGUGGCCUUCUCUUAAAGAGCGACUUUGUGUCAAAAUCCAGUUUUAAGACCUUAACUGCUUUAGCUUAAGUUUAGCUCGUUUGCUGUAAAGUUCUGUUGCAUCGAAGUGCUUCAGUUUUUCUCUCUGUGUCGAGUAAUCAACACACAGAAAAUCUCGGGCAAAGGCAAGGUCGUAUUAUUCCACCAUAGAAGUACUCUAAGGCUGCUGAUAAUAAUUUUUCUGUAAUAAUCAAUUGAUUUUUCAAUAUAUAAAAUGUCAGUAAGUACAGAAAAAUACCCAUCAUUAUUCCCCCAAAGCCCAAAUAAACCGACUGUCAAAACUCCCAAAAUAUUGAGUUUACUAUAGACUUGACUUGAGUUUGUAAACUGGCAAAUGAUCAAUUGAAUUUUUGUCAUUUAUUCGUAAAAAUGACAGCGGUCGGUUUCUUGGCGUGUGGGGAAAUGAUGAAACUGCAGCAGCAGUGGCAGUUAAAUAAGGCUACUUUAAGACCUUUAGCUACAAGUUGUCACAGUUUCGGGGGGGGGGGGAGUCAAAUCUGAACACAGACAUGAUACAAUGCAGCCCGUUUUCUUGUAAAAAUUUACAUCUGUUUGUAUAAAUGAAGACUUUUAAAAAGUGUAAUUAUACUGAAAAGCUCAUAGGCUGGACAAACAUCCCUCUGUUAAAUGAAAAUUUAAAAUUGGGUUUCUUUUAUGAUGGUUGGGCGGGUUCCAGCCUCGGAUUGAGCUACUUUUUGUCAGGCAAGACUGCAUGUAAACCCCCCCCCCAAAAUAAAACGGCUGAGCUAAUUAUCGUUUAUACAAUUUGGGUUCUGUAUGGAUUACACAAACGACAAUUGGUGACUUUCUGGGGUGCUGGUGCUGUAGGUGGACUUUGUGACCCUGGGAAAGAGCAAGGCUAGCAGUCCCCCCCCCCCCCUAAGUUUCCAGUCUUUAUGAGACCUAGACCUCGAUGAGAAUAGUAUCUUAUCCAGGUUACCUCUCCGUCACAAAACGAAUAACAUUUCCCAAAAUGUCAAACUUUUGCUUUAAGGUGGUAUAAAUGUGCCAGUAUGAUAUAGUAAAAAGAACAUUUUAAGAAUCUUUGUGUUUCGUUGAGAGACAAGGUCCUGUAUAAAGUGUGUGUGUAAAUAUAUAUUUACAUAGAAACUCUUAAUUUCAUGAGUGAUUAGCAUGGCCCAGACUACCUUCUAACUUUCUUGGAAGGAGAUGGAGCCAAAAGACAGGUUUGGUAAAAAAAAA